AAAACUAGAACUCUCAUUGAUAAUGAUAUUGUGAUCUCCAAAAUGAUUCCCAAAUCAUGAAACUGCAAUUCCACACCAUGAAACUAUUGAUGACUACUCGUUGUAGUUCGUUACAGCAACAAAAGGGGUUCCAUUUUCCACCGCAGAGUCCAAAAAACGAAUAAAGAUGGACCCAUCAUCUUUCUUCACUGUAAAGUACAGAAUCAAAACAAACUACAGUAGACCAAACACAAAAAUCCAAAUUCCAAAUCAAAUCAAAUCCCCUCAUAAAACCCCAGAAUAAAAGUUGCCUUUUUCUCUAAUUUCCUCUCAAAAAAUCAAAUGUUAUCAGUAAAACUGGUCAGAUCUAUAGUUCUGGGUGAACCCAUCAUCAACAACAACCCAUCCCAUCAUCAUGAUCAUGAUCAUGAUCAUGAUCAUGAUGAUGAUGUUGCACAUACACAUGUUGAGUAUGAUGCAGAUGAUGAUAAUGAUGAAAUCAACAAAACCCAGAAAUUAAUCAUGAUUAACAAGUCGUCAAAGAAGAAGAUGCCAUUGUUGUUAUUCAUCCCAACUAAGGAAUUAAUCAGUGAUACUUUUCGAUUAGCUUCAAUUGCUAGGGAUAUUGGCAUGGAUUUUCACCCUUCUGCUUCUCUUUCUCAUCUCCUCUUUUCAUGGCCAUCAUCAUCAUCAUCAGCAGCAGCAAUGCCAUCCACGUCAUCACCAUAUUCGCCAUUUUCACCAUCUUCAUCGAAUACUCGACCAUCGGUUUCGUCAAAUACGACAUCAACUUCAUCGACAUUGUCGUCGUUAUGGGGUUGUAGUACAAUUCCAAACGACGCCGUUCCAUUACCGUUUCCUUCUCUCUCUACUGUUUCCUCCAUCUCUCUCCUUCGUUACUUUGUUUCUAUCUCUAAAGGCAUGUUCAAGCUCGUUUUCCUCGAAAUUGAUCCUAGUUCUAGGUUUAAUUUCAGUAAUUACUGUAAUUAUGAUUACGAUUGUUCUUCUUCGAGUGUGGCAUUGGUUUCUAGGGUUUCGGGGAAACGGGUGAAUUCAAUGGAGGAUUUUUCUAGGGUUUUAGCUGGGAAUGGGUGGUCUCUUUUCCGGUCAUCAGAAAACAAGAAAACAGGGGUAGCAUUGGUGUACAUGUUCAGGAAGAAUGACCCGAAUCGGGUUCGGGCGAAAAAGAUGAUCAUUGGUGGUGGUGGAGGAGAGUGUAGGGUCAGGGAGCUGAGGUUGCCCGCAUUGGAUUUCAAGAAUGGGGUUCCUUUGAGGAUUUUGCAGUAUAUCUUGCUCAUGACUGAUGAUCUCUUCUACCUUGCAUAAAUUAUUUGGGGUUAUGUAGCGCGAUUCCCAAUGUUUGGCGGAUUUCUUCAAGCAGACCACACAAAUAUGUGGCGUAGCUGCUUCUCCCCGACCAGGAAAACCAUUACUCUUCUUAGUCUGACGAAGGAAAGCAAGGAUGAAUAGUAAUCUGAGAAAACCCUAGCUUAAUUGUUACUCUGUAUACACUUAUACCAGUGAUCAACUUCAUUCAAUGCAGUUUCAAACUUGUGAGUUGUUAAUAUAGUAGACUUUGCUAGAGAAGAAAACUGUAAAAUGUCUGAAUUCCAUCUGUGUAAAAGGAUCCUCAUUGUACAAUGAGAAUGAAAAUUAUGGAUUUAAUCACGUUGCGACCUGAA